CGGCGUUCUAUUGGUGGUUUGCGAACGGCGGGGCCUCGGCGGUUCCGUCCCUGCUUGAUGACGUAGCGCGAUUUCGCGGGAGAAAUUCGAAAGCGGAAUUCUGUGUCCCCGAGCAGUAACAGGAUAGUCAUAACAGUUGCUGCAGUACUGUUCAAAAGAUUUUUCUUCCUGGAUGUGGUGGCGUAUUGCCUGUAAUAUACCAGCUACUCCAGAGGCCAAGACAGGACGAUUGUGUGACUUGACCAGAUCCUGUUUCAAACAAACAGAAUGGACUGGACGUGUACAGUGUUUAUCUAUGUAGUCCUGGCUGUCCUGGAGCUCUCUAUGUAGAGUAGGCAGCCAGGCUGGCCUUGAGCUCACAGAGAUCAACCUGACUCGUUCUCCUGUGCCCUGGAAUCAAAGGAUAUAAAUUGUUGAAUAAAAAGUGAUUAUUUUCUGGACUUAUUUAUAAUCUCAGAAGAAACAAUGGAAAUCCAAGAAUUUAUUGUCCUCUAUACUCAUCAAAAGAUGAAGAAGUCAAAGGUGUGGCAAGAUGGCAUUCUGAAGAUCCCUCACUUAGGCAACAAGGCAAUUUUAUAUGAUGACAAAGGAGCAUGUUUGGAAAGUCUGUUUCUUAAGGGCCUUGAGGUGAAGCCUGGAGAUGACUUGGAAAGUGAGCGAUACUUAAUCACAGUUGAGGAGGCUAAGGCUGCUGGAAGCAGAGCUGUUAAACCUGGUGGCCCUGUGGAAGCGCUGGAGACUGGCCCGAGGACAGUUACAUCCUCCAGCCGGUCCCUUGGGUGUCAGCCCUCUGGCUUAAAAAGGAAGGCAACUGGUUUUCAAAGACCAUAUAAGGUACCAAAGACAGUGACUGUUACAGAACAUGGUAAAUCGGCUGCCUCACUUGGUGAUAUGAAGCCUGGCUCGACAUUUCCUCCCUCAUUCUCUAGCACACUUCCUUUGUUUUCUACUGUUGGUCAGAAAGAUAUAAAUCAUACACCAGCAGGCAGUGAGAAUAUUGCCACUUUCAGGAACAGAGAGAGAAAUAACAGGCCUUUUUCGCUUGUCUCUUCAUCCUUGAGGAUUAACUCAGACACUCAAGGUAAAGAGGACAAUUUUGGCUUUCCUGUCAGUUCUGAAGCCCAACAUUCAGACUCUUUAUUGGCCAAAGAGCCCAUGAGAAGAAAUAGUUCUGACUCCCACUGCCCUGGAGUUUCACAAAACCUCAGAAGCAAAGCACAGAUAUUAGCGCUUCUGAAAUCCAGCUCAAGUAACAAGAGUAGUGAUCUGCAUUGUGAGAUUACAGGACGUUUUCCUAACGGAUGGCCACAGGGAUGUUUGGAGGGUACUUCCAAGCCGAAGGAAAAAUAUGCUGAGAUGCAGAGCACAGGGAGUUUAGGCUGUGAGCUACAGUCAGAAAAUCCCACAAGGACUACAAGCCGGUGGACCAUGUAUUUAUCCUCACAGAGAUCGCCUCCUUGUUCUGCUAGAGAUGAGAAUGAUACAGAGGACAAACCAGAAGCCCAAAAAGAUGUGAACAUUUUUAAUUUUUCUGAACUUUUGGUUCCAAAAAAGUCAGAGCUCUUUGAAACAUGUACUGAUAAUGUAGAAUUGUACAGUGAAGACAAACCAGUGGAUAAUAAUUGCCAGUACAGGAAUCAGGAAGAAAACCCAGCACCUUCAUUCUAUGAGAAAAGCAGCUUACUGGUCAGCUGUAACAGUAAAGAAAAUGUCGAUUUAUUACCAGAAUGUGACAUUCAGAACAGUAGCAAAGUACCGUUUAGUCACAAUGACCAGAUGUGUAUGGAAGGGUCGCUUUGCACUGGAGAAAGUGUCGAGGGGGCAGAUGCAGCACUGGAAGCAGAGUACAGACCAGUGUCACCAUCGCCAGAAAUGGAACAAAAACAAAGUGAAACUGAGUGUUCUCUAAGUAACAAUUCUAAAGUUUCAGAUGACAUUGUCGACAUGGCUGCUGAAAGUUAUGCUGAUAGAGUAAGUAUGAAUACUCUUCAUAAUCCUCUACCACCAUUUCUGGAAGUUUCUUUUAAUCUGAGCAACUUUGAGACCAGUGACACUGAUGAGGCAUCGCAAGAAGAUAGCAAACUUUCCCAGGACUCAGAGAGUUGGGAAAAGGAGAUUUUGCUUACAGAUGAUCCGUGUGUUCAGAAGAGCUGUGGGGACAUGGGCUGCCAAGAAAUUGCACAGAAACGCUUGCCACUUCCACCGUCUGCCAGUGAGGAGCCUAAAGAGAUGCUUCCUGCUAGCAAGACUCUGUUGUCAGAGUUUUGUGAUAGAACGUGUGUGGGUUUUUAUGCAGGACCGUAUGAAGAUGCAGACAUUGGAAAAACGAUAGAGGAGCAGUGUGGUGACACAGGGAGCAGUUUGGACUCAUCGCUCGAGUGGAAUGAGGAUGCACCAGGACACAGCAAAGAAGAUGCUAAUAAAUCUAUCCAAAGGAAUGGCAUUAAUGAUGGUAUUAUUUCACCUUCAAAUAACUCCAGAGGUACAGAUACAAGCUUACAUGUUCCUUAUCCUUUAAACACAGUCACUAAUCCAGCUCCUGAAAACAGUGACCUAUUCUCAGAAACCAGGAACUCAUCUGCCAUAGUUUCACGUGCUCUGCUAGAGUGUCCUCAUGAGCAUCGGCCUUCUCAGCAGCCUGUUGAGUUUCAAGGACAUCAGGUGAAAGGAUCGGCUACUAGUGGUGUAAUGGUCAGAGGACACAGCUUACAGCUAGGAUGCAGUCAGUUUCCAGAUAGCAUUGAAUGUGAAAACUUCACGACCAGUUCUCGUGUUUGGACAGCAGAGUUGCCUAGCACUUGUUUGCAGACUGACUUCUUGCAGGUGAUUUCACCAGAACAAAAGAUCUCUGCACUGAGCCCUGCACCUACUUUUUCUUUCAACACAAGAAAUGAAGACUUUGUGCUUGAGUUCUCUGAGGAUUCUCUGAAAACAAGAACUUUCUCUGGAUUGAAAAACGUUGGUUUUCUAGAGAGUCAGAACCUCCAAAGGUCUCCAUUUGUAGGUGGAACCUCGGUUCCCUUUGUCGAUGCUGGGCCGGCGGUCUUAGGUUCCUGUUCAUUCAUGACUGAUGACGAUGCCCUAGAGUCUUCUGGCGUUCCCAUGUUGAGCCUGUGUGAAGAAUCAGGUCUUUCAUUUGACCUUGGACCUGAGGAUCAGGGUGGGACUUCUUUCUGUGAAGAGUGUGGACAAAGGACUCCAGGAGAUGUUUCUUUGUUUCAUGAGAGUUCUAUUCAAAGCAAGUGGCUGAAAUAUCAAAAUCCAUCCCAGAGCAACUCAGCUGCUCCGAACAGAACUGGCAGUCAAGUGACAGAGGGCCUCUUUGCUGCGCCUGUCUCUGGGUUGCAUUUUAGCCACGCAAGGGAGAGGCAGAGUACUGCUGUGAAUGAAAGUUCUGUAGACCCUGUGCACCUGCAGAUGAUGAAGGGCAUGCUCUGUCAGCAACAGCAAGAUGUUAGCAGUCAAGAUUUAGUUUCCAGAGAGAAAGCUCUUUCUCUGAAUGUAGAGUAUUCUUCCCAGAUGGAGGACAUUCAGACUGUGUUGGGAAGUUCUGCCAGCUUCAACUGCAGAGUCAGAGAUCCACGGGACAUAAAUGGUUCUGAGCUGUGUUUCCCAAGUGGGCAGAAAAUAAUAUCAACUUAUCUUCCUCAAAGGCAAGUUCACAUACCAGCUGUUUUUCAGUCUCCUACUCACUAUAAGCAGAUCUUUACAGCUUCCAUCAUAGAGCAUCUGAAUAUAUUGCUGUUUGAGUUGGCACAAAGGCUGUAUAAAGCGCUUUCCAAAGUUGACAUUUCCUUUUAUACAUCAUCAAAAGGAGAGAGUCUGAACAGUGGGAAAAAUAAUUUGCCAUCCUGCCAUCAUAAUCAACCUGCCAAACUUGUCAUGGUUAAAAAAGAAGGUCCAAAUAAGGGUCGUCUGUUUUAUGCAUGUGAUAGGCCAAAAGGUAACCAAUGUAAAUUUUUCAAAUGGUUUGAGGAAGCAACUCCAGGACAGUUACCACAGGAUGAAUCUCAGCCCAACAUGGUUUUUAAUGAUGUUAAGAGUAUUGGCUCGUAUUUAAGAAGUCAAAAGGUACCAGUCUAUGAGGAAUGCCAGCUUUUGUUGAGGAAAGGAUUUGAUUUUCAGAGAAAACAGUACGGUAAACUAAAGAAGUUUGCAACUAUAAAUCCUGAAUUUUACAGUGAAACAAAAAGUAAGAUUUACCUUAAGCUGAGUCGGAAAGAGAGCUCUUCAGUUUAUAGUAAAGAUGAUCUUUGGGUUAUUUCCAAAACCCUGGACUUCAAACUAGAUACUUUCAUCGCCUGCAGUGCCUUCUUUGGUCCAUCUUCUGUCAAUGAAGUGGAGCUGCUGCCUUUGAAAGGCUAUUUCCCUUCUAAUUGGCCCACUAACAUAACAGUCCAUGCAUUAUUGGUUUGUAAUGCCAGCACAGAGCUGUCAACUCUGAAAAACAUUCAGGACUACGUUAACCCAGCUACUCUUCCACUAAUGCCAUACCUGUUAGCAAUGUCUCAGUCAACUACAGUUAGCAGUAAAAAUGUCAGUAAAAGAAAAUUUAUCCCACCAGCUGUUGCAAACAUUAAAACAAAAUGUGAACUCCUUGACUUAGGAGCGACUUUGCAGUUAGCUAGCGAGUUUAUUAGCAUACACGGGUUGAACAAGGAUCAAGCUACAGCAUUAAUUCAGAUAGCUGAAAUGAUAGCAUCCCAAGAAGGUGAUGAAGAUGCACUGGAGCCCUUAAAACAUUCUCUGCCCAUCACCAUUAUUCAUGGUGUAUUUGGAGCAGGUAAAAGCUAUUUGCUGGCUGUGGUGAUUCUGUUCUUUGUCCAGCUGUUUGAAAAGUGUGAUGCUGAAACAGUUGGAAAUGCAAGGCCAUGGAAACUUCUCAUUUCUUCUUCCACUAAUGUAGCUGUUGACAGAGUACUUCUUGGGCUUCUCAGUCUUGGAUUUGAAAAGUUCGUCAGAGUUGGGAGUGUUAGGAAGAUUGCCAAGCCAAUUUUACCCUACAGCUUGCAUGCUGGCUCAGAAAAUGAAAGUGAACAACUGAAAGAACUCCAUGCAUUGAUGCGGGAAGAACUGACUCCUAUAGAAAGGGUUUAUGUGAGAAAAAGUAUUGAGCAGCAUAAACUGGGGACCAACAGAAUCCUUCUAAAGCAGGUUCGAGUUGUUGGCAUUACCUGUGCAGCCUGCCCAUUCCCAUGUAUGAAUGGCCUUAAAUUCCCUGUGGUUGUGCUGGAUGAGAGCAGCCAAAUGACAGAACCAGCCUCACUCCUUCCUAUCGCAAGGUUUGAGUGUGAAAAGCUAAUUCUUGUUGGAGACCCCAAACAGUUGCCUCCUACAAUUCAGGGUUCUGAUGCAGCUCAUGAAAAUGGAUUGGAACAAACUCUCUUUAAUCGACUUUGCUUAAUGGGUCACAAACCCAUUUUGUUGAGGACCCAAUACCGUUGUCACCCUGUGAUCAGUGCCAUAGCUAAUGAUCUAUUUUAUGAAGGAAGCCUGGUGAAUGGUGUUUCAGAGAAAGAGAGAAGCCCUGUACUGGAGUGGCUGCCCACGCUGUGUUUCUAUAAUGUCGCAGGAGCAGAGCAGGUUCAAAGCGAGAACAGCUUUCAGAAUGUGGCAGAAGCAGCUUUUACACUCAAGCUAAUCCAAUCACUGAUAGCAAGUGGAGUAGCGGGCUCCAUGAUUGGGGUGAUAACAUUAUACAAAUCGCAGAUGUACAAGAUUUUCCAUUUACUCAGUGCUGUGGAUGUCGGCCUUCCUGAUGUUAAAGCUGUGCAGGUGUCCACAGUGGAUGCCUUUCAGGGCGCUGAAAAGGAAAUCAUUAUUCUGUCCUGCGUGCGGACAAGACAAGUAGGAUUCAUUGAUUCAGAAAAACGAAUGAAUGUUGCACUGACCAGAGGAAGGAGACAUUUGCUGAUUGUGGGAAGUCUAUCCUGUUUGAGGAAAAAUCGACUGUGGGGGCGUGUGAUUCAGCACUGUGAAGGAAGGGAAGACGGAUUGCAACAUGCAAGCCAGUGUGAACCACAGCUGGACCAUCUUCUUAAAAAUUAUUUUGAAAAACAAGCAGAAGAAAAACAGAAGAAAAAGGAGAAAGAGAAAUCUAAGGAUAAAUCUCAUUAACAAAAACAACAAAAAGCAUGGCCAGGGAUGUUGAAAUUGUUGUAAAAUUGGAACCUUUCUAUAUAAGAGGCAAGAAGACAUUCGGAAAAUAAUCAGUAUGCAUUAUAAACUACAUGACUGUCCCAAAAGCUUGUGUGUGGAAGCACAGCUCCUAUCAGGCCCUUAGUACACUCUCGGAGCUGGAGCACUGGGACUGAAAUCCAUGUGUUGCCGCCCCCCAUUUUAAAACUAAAGACAUUCAUAGUAAAGACUUAAAUAAAUACAGAAGAGGCAGGGGAGCAAUAUGCCUCAUACAGUAGGUGCUCCGUAAGUGUCCAGGUGAACUGACAGGGACUAGUGACGAUCCAUUUUCUUCAGGUCUCCUCCCUGAGCAGUACUUACAAGUAUAUAUGUAGAGUAAGUAGAUAAAAAACCCUUUUUAUUAUAAAACUAACAUGUUCUUAUAGAAAAAUGUAUAAAAUACAGAAACUAUAUAAAGGAAAACAAAAUUACUUAGAAAUUCACUAUUUAGAUAAUCAUUAACAUACUUAACCUUUUUUCUGUAUAGUCUCUGUGAAUAUGUACAUGUAAGUUUUAAAUCACUUUUGAGCCGACGUGAUUCUUUGUAUUGUUAAUAAAGAAAUAUAUUCUUAUAUAUCUAGGUGGAAAAAAUGGCAAAGUCUUGAUCAUAAUUGAUAUCAGUAUAUUUAUUUUUAGCAAGUAAAGCACUUUAGUGACCCAAGUCAUUUAAUAUUUACUUUGAGAAUUAUUUUAGAAUUUAAGACUACAGAAAAUUGUUCUUAAAUACCAUUCUAGCGCUGGCAAGAUAUGCAAUAAGUAGAGGCACUUUGCUGCCAACCUUGACAACCUGAGAGUUUAGUCCUAGAUCCCUGGCAUGCUACAUAGCAGGGAGAGCUGACUCCUGAAGGUUAUCCUCAGAACACACACAUGCAAUGGUUCACAGGACCCACCCCGCACACAGAACUAAAUUAAUGUAAUUAAAAAGUGGUAGCUAUUAUUAUUAUUUAUUUAUAUUAUAGAGUUAUAACUCUCCCUGUGGAACUCUUAAAAGAACAAGUAAAUCCAACCACAUUUGUGGUACAGCAGCAGUUCUGUGUGUGUGUGUGUGUGUGUGUGCGCGUGCGUGCGUGCGUGCGUGCGUGCGUGCGUGCGUGCGUGCAUGUGCAGGGCAGGUGACUGCAAGUGUCCUUAGCCACUCCCUACGUUAUUCCUUUGAAGUAGGGUCUCCCUGAACCUACAGCUCAGUUGGCAGAUAGCAAGCCUCUGUGAUCCUCCUGUCAUCCUUCAUCUUUCUCAGUUCUGGAUUGACAGACAUGAGAGUUCACACCUGACAUGUCAUAUAGGUGCUGUUAUCCAGACUCUGGUCGCCAUGCUUGCACAGCGACUGCUCUUACAUGUCGAGCUGAGCCAUCUCCAACCAAGGACUAACUAACCCCUUUUAAGUGUUCAUCCACACGUGAGUAAAAGGUAGACUCCCCACAUGUCUUUAUAACGCAUAAGGAAUAUUUGAAGGAAGUGCUUUACCUGUGGCCUAUGUAAUCUACACAACUAUUAUUUAAACUGGAUUCCUGUGCUUUGCUGUUCAAACCUCCCAUGUUCUUUUUCUUAAUUUUGAGCCUUUUCUUGGCUAGCUGGUGCAAGAUUUGAAGUGACUUUUUUUUUUUUUUCCUUUUUCUUGAGACAGGGUUUCUCUGUGUAGCCAUGGAUGUUCUGGAACU